ACACAAUGGCUUCGACGACAAGUACACGUAGCCACGAGCAAGUACAGCAAACUGAUUGCUGGAACGAUUGGAACAGUCCGGCUUCACUCCAUCAUCACAGCGCUAGUUUCAGUACGCCCAUGCGAGCCAUGGAAGCUUGUCUACUCACAGCCGGCGGCCAAGAGCAACAUCAAUUUUACCGAUCAGAAUCGCAUCAACAAGGGAUCGGUCCGCCGGUGAUGAUGCAACAGGAGGGUUGCGACAAAUCUUCGGCUUCUCCUACACCUUCAGCUCCACAUCAUAUCGGACAAUCGUCGGGAUUGUCGCCACUGGGUAGCGGGAAUCACACCCACGAUUCGUCCACCUUGACUAAGGAGGAACGAUCCAACAGACAGAGAGGCCAGUCUAGCCCUAGUCCGAACUUGGAACAAGAAACAAAAAAGCCGCUUCACUCCAAAUUGUCGGGAGUCAACGCUAGUCUCGAGAUGAAGGCUUUGUGGGAUGAAUUCAAUGAACUGGGCACCGAAAUGAUUGUCACCAAAGCUGGGAGGCGGAUGUUUCCGACGCUCCAGGUGCGCCUAUUCGGACUAGACGCCAAUUCGGAUUACAUGCUCAUGAUGGACUUUGUGCCAGUGGAUGACAAGCGAUAUCGCUACGCAUUUCACAGUUCCAGUUGGGUAGUGGCUGGUAAAUCCGAUCCUAAUUCUCCACCGAGGAUUCACGUUCAUCCAGACUCGCCAGCAAAAGGUUCUCAAUGGACCAAACAAGUCGUCUCGUUCGACAAACUCAAGUUAACCAACAACCAGCUGGAUGACAACGGACACAUCAUAUUGAAUUCCAUGCAUCGCUACCAGCCUCGUUUCCACGUUGUCUACAUCAACCAAAGAACCGAGGACGCCUCGCAAACAGAAAACUUUCGCACGUUCAUUUUCCCAGAGACUAAAUUCACAGCCGUAACUGCCUAUCAAAAUCAUCGGAUUACCCAAUUGAAGAUAGCCAGUAAUCCGUUCGCCAAAGGAUUUCGUGAUUGCGAUCCCGAUGAUUGCGUCGUCGAUGUGCUAAAUCAUAUGCAACCGAAUGUGUCUAGUGCCAAUAGCAGCCGCCCGUCGGGUAGUAACAGCAGCCGAAGCGCCACGACAGUUACAACAUCCACAACGACCUCAUCAUCUUUGGUGGCCGGAUCGUCCUCGUCGUCUUCAUCGUCACGUUUCCCGGGCUCCUCACCGUCGUGUGUCUAUCCGUCCCCGACGUUCCAUCACAAGGAAUCCAAAGAUGAAGAGUCAGUGAGUCCGUCGAUGUCGUCAUCAUCAGCCAACAACAACAACAAUAUCGGUCUCGUUUCAACUGCCAUCAGUCCGGCCAUCAUGACAACGACGUCGGGCGGUCAGCAAUGUUCGUUUAACGUUCAGCGGGGCUUCACGACCAACACGGGAUCACCUCCACAACACAGCAGCACAUUCAACAGUUUGGGUAGCAGCGUAGCAGCGACAUCAGCCAUUAUGUCAUCGUCAACGGGCUCCAUCGCUCCCGUGACGCCCAUUGUGUCCGCUUCGCAAUUGUCACCCAUUUCCCCUACUUUGCCGGCCCAGAUGAGUCAACCUUACACGGCCGAUGUUUGCCAAUACGGACCGAUUUACAACGCCUACAAUUACGCGGCGGCUGCAGGCAAAAUGAGGACUAGCUCCCCCUAUGGGCGGAAUCCUUCGUCCGCUUCAGUUUAUCAGCCUCCCUACCACCAUCCGCAUCAGAAUCCUUUCCCCAAUGCACCUUUCUAUUCUCGAACGGUCCAAAAUCCAUACGAUUAUUCUCCGCGAUAAACUUUGUAAGGCAAUUAAAGGGAAUGACGUUACGAGUCAAUUUUCUUAAAAAACAAACAAACUAUCUUUUACGACACUCCGUGUCCAUGUGAAUACGUUCAUUCUUUUCUCAAUCAAAUUAUAACCAUCAAUUAACAAACCAUGUCUCAAACCAGUGCCUCAACAACAUUUAUAGUUAUUAGAAAUUCGCGUUAUUCUUGUUUGUUUUGUUUAUUCUUUUCUUCUUUUACUGAUGCCCUUCAAAUUAAAUCAAAUCCAUGGAUACAUGACGCAUGCAAAUUUUUUUUUAAAUCGCCUUAUAACAUUUGAAAUCAUCGUUUGACUAAGUCACACUGCUGUGCCACUCUAAAUAACGAAUUAAAAAUUUUGCCUCGUUCUACGAAAACAAGUAUUCAUAACUUUUUUUUUUUUUUUUGUUUGAAGAGGGACAGAAAUUGAAAAUACACGCCCAGUAUAAAAAUU